UCGACCCCUGACCUUUCCUUUUCAACUGCUCUGAGGCGACUCUGCACGUGCCUCCUCCAACCCGGUUCCUUUCCUUUUUCUGUGGCGUCCUGGUGUCCGGCAUGGGGCCUUGGAGGGUCCCGGGAGGUCUGCAGGACGAGGCGCGGGGACACGCAGUGCACCCCGACUCCUCAGGCAGAGGUUGCAGCUGGGUGCGGUGCUAUUGACUGGCCUACGUUAUCCUAUUCGGCAGGACCAUGUUCCCAGCGUUGGAGACAGAGAUCAAGCCGGAGACUCUUUCUGAUCCCUAUGAGGAUUUUAUGCACCAUCACCUCCAGUAUUAUGGAUACUUUAAAGAUCCGCUUAUGCUGAGUUCACCACUCCUUAGGAGCAGACAGCUUCUUUAUGACGAGCUAGACGAAGUGAACCCGCGUCUUCGAGAACCCCGGGAGCUCUUCUCCUUCUUCUCCAGUCGGGGGCCACUGCAGGCUCCAAAAUGGCCGAUAGAGUGUGAGGUCAUCAAGGAAAACAUUCACCAUAUUGAGUGGGUUCCACCUGAACCAGAAUAUUUCUACCAGCCUACAGGGGAUGAAAAGGAACCAGAGAUUGUGGGAGAAGAGCAAGGCACAGUCGUUUACCAGUUAGAUUCAGUGCCCACAGAAGGCGCCUACUUCACCAGCUCCAGAAUAGGAGGCAAACGAGGAAUUAUCAAGGAACUUGCUGUUACGUUGCAAGGGCCAGAAGAUAAUACUCUACUGUUUGAAUCCAGGUUUGAGAGUGGGAAUCUGCAGAAAGCUGUCAGAGUAGGUGCCUAUGAGUAUGAGCUCACCUUGCGGACCGACCUCUACACGGACAAACACACCCAGUGGUUCUACUUUAGAGUUCAGAAUACCAGGAAGGAGGUCACCUACUGCUUCACCAUUGUCAACUUGCUGAAGCCCAAGAGCCUGUACGCGGUGGGGAUGAAACCUCUGAUGUACUCUCAGCUGGACGCCACCACCUACAACGUCGGCUGGAGGAGAGAAGGACGCGAGAUCAAGUACUACAAGAACAGCGCGGAUGAUGGGCAGCAGCCUCUGUUCUGCCUGACCUGGACCGUCCAGUUUCCCCACGACCAGGACACUUGCUUCUUCGCACACUUUUACCCGUACACUUACACCGACUUGCAAUGCUACCUCUUGUCCAUAGCAAACAACCCCAUCCAGUCUCAGUUCUGCAAGCCCCGAGCUUUGUGCCGGAGUCUGGCAGGGAACACCGUCUACUUGCUCACCAUCACCAACCCAUCCAGGACCCCUCAAGAGGCAGCCGCGAAGAAAGCCGUGGUGCUGAGUGCCAGGGUCCACCCUGGAGAAAGCAAUGGCUCCUGGAUCAUGAGAGGCUUUUUGGACUUCAUCCUUAGCAACUCCCCAGAUGCCCAGCUCCUCAGGGACAUCUUUGUCUUCAAGGUGAUUCCCAUGCUAAAUCCAGAUGGCGUGAUUGUGGGGAAUUACCGGUGUUCCCUGGCUGGAAGGGACUUGAACAGACAUUAUAAAACCGUUCUUAAGGACUCUUUCCCUUGCAUUUGGUACACCAAGAAUAUGAUCAAAAGACUUCUGGAAGAAAGAGAGGUUCUCUUGUACUGUGACUUCCACGGGCACAGUCGUAAGAACAAUAUCUUCCUGUAUGGCUGUAACAGCAACAGUCGUAAACACUGGCUUCAUGAGCGAGUCUUUCCUCUAAUGUUAAGCAAAAAUGCACCAGAUAAGUUCUCUUUUGACAGUUGUAACUUUAAGGUCCAAAAGUGCAAAGAGGGAACCGGAAGAGUUGUGAUGUGGCGGAUGGGCGUCAUAAACAGCUACACCAUAGAGUCCACCUUUGGCGGGUCCACCCUGGGCAGUAAAAGAGACACUCAUUUUACCGUUGAGGACCUGAAGUCCCUAGGUUAUCAUGUCUGUGACACGAUUCUGGAUUUCUGUGAUCCUGACCAGACCAAGUAUACUCAGUGUCUACAAGAGCUUAAGGAGCUCUUACAACAGGAAAUCCACAAGAAAUUCAGUAACUUUGGACAAGAUGUGGACUUAGAAGCAAGCUGGAGUGACAUUCCUUUGUCUGACAUCGAAUCCAGCACAAGUGGCUCGGACAGCUCCCUCUCCGAUGGUCUUCCUGCCCACCUGCUGAACAUAGCCAAUGAGUUGAAUCAGAAGAUGCUGCUAAAGAAGACAAAGAAGAAGAGACUUCAGACCAGGAAACAGCGGAACGAGCAGUACCAGAAGAACUACCUGAUGCGGGAGCUGAAGUUGGCAGAGGACACCCCAGGAAGGGCAAGAUUUGCUUCUACUCUGCAAAAGCAGCCUACCCUUUUGAAAACCCCGGAGAAAUCUAGUUCUUCAGUAAUGAGAAAUGAAAAGCCAAGGCUCAAUGAGACACAGUUAAGUGGAAGAAACAAAGGCACCUCCCUGGAACCACCACUGACCAGCCUGGUUCUACCUAAGAAUAAGGAAACAGUUCAGACACAGUUAAGUGGAAGAAACAAAGGCACCUCCCUGGAACCACCACAGACCAGCCUGGUUCUACCUAAGAAUAAGGAAACAGUUCAGACACAGUUAAGUGGAAGAAACAAAGGCACCUCCCUGGAACCACCACUGACCAACCUGGUUCUACCUAAGAAUAAGGAAACAGUUCAGAGUAAGAAGCCAGGCUUUACAGCAUCAUGCUCUCCAAAGAGAAGCACAAACUCCGGCCUAGGGCCAGCUCCAGAUGUCAAGGCAAACUGGCCUAGGACUAGAUACCCCGCCCCGAGGAAAGAGCGCAGCGCCGUGGCGGCGGUCUAUCCAUCCUUGCACAUUUACACAUACCCAUAGUGCACUUUUGCUCUGGCACACAGGUGCCUCCCUCAGAGGUUUUGGGGUACUUUUAUUGGGUUUUGUUUUGUUUCACAUGCAGUGUUGGGAACCAGAUCUAGGGCACUAAGCAUACUAGGUGAGUGCUUUACCAUUGACCUGUGUCUCCAGCUCCCCUGAAAUGGUUGUGGGUUCUACACACUUUAUAAGAGGAAAUCUAUAAAUGAAAUGGAAACUCGGUUUAUGGUGUACUGUGUUGUGCGUUCACCACACACUGACCUGCGCUCUGUCCUUCCACUGUGCAUAUAUCCUCAGGUGCAUACCUCAUGAAUUCAGUAAUUUUAUCCUCAGAUGAGAUUAUAGUUUGAUGUAUAGAAAAGCCUUUAUUGAAAGCUGAAGCAUAUAUACUCAUGAAAAGACAGCACAUACAUACCUCAUUUUUAACCAAUAGAUGUUCCCUCUGAAGUUAGAUGCAAAUCAGUUUUUAAAAGAUCAAACUGUUUUAAAUGUGUUUUGGGAAUGCACCAUAUGAAAAAGUCUUGUGUUGGUUUCCAAACGGUAAAAUGUCCUGUCAGACUAUGGUAUAUCAGGUUUGCUCAAAGAGAGGUAUUCCUACACAGAAAAAACAAUUACAUGUAUUACUCAUAAUUUAAUGUUGCAUACAUUAUGUUCAACAAGGUUAUGUAAAUUUUUAACUCAAUGAUUAAAAUUCUUUCUCUCUG